UUGCUGAAGAGGUCUUCUGGAGAGGUACCUACGUUCAAGUACCACUUCGUUCGUUCCACUGAUGGAAGAAAUGAGCUUCCCAAAGGAUCUGAAGUUAUCUUUUUUGUUGAUAUCCGUGGAAGAUUACCAUGACUGUCCAGCAUAUAUUUUCUACUACAUGGUGUUGUGUAAGCAUGCUUUCUGCAAAAGCAUGUUGUGUGGCCGCGACCUGGCAACGACGGACUAUGGAUCAGGAUCGCUUUGGCGGUAGCCUCCGCAAGCGAUGGCUUCAAGAGAUGCUUUGCGGAACUCCUUUGAUGACAUGGUCGGUUGGGAUGGCAGGUAGUGCACAUCAUCUGACGAGCUGUGAGCCAUGCUGAUGAUCAGAUCAGAUCAGGUUCAAACAGAUUAUGCAGGAGAGCGGAGGUCUGCUUAAUUUUUCUGGAAACCUUCGUUCAAACAAGUGUUGUGACAGCCAACACUUGGUUUCGAAGGAGAACGAAACCGACCUCUCGUUGCCGCAUGCAUGUCGGCAUCGAGGCAUUCCACCGUCCUACGUACACGUGCAGAGAAGAUAGACAUCCAAGAGUCGGUGGCCAGGCUACGCAUUCCAAAGCACGACAGAGAGCCCAAAGACAAAAGCGUGGGAGUACGUGUACAACCUGCGGGAGUUUCCCUCCCGAUGUCGCUACUAUUUAGUUGAUCCAGGAGAGCGAGCGAGAGAACGAGGGGGAUAAGAGCCAUGGAGGAUAGCGUUGAUGCGAGCGAGAGCUUCGUCUCUCUUUCAUCCAUUCUGAAGCCAGAAGAUCCACCCAACGGAGGGCCUGCAGUAGAUAGCGAUGAGGAAGCAGAAGAGAUAAUGGCGGCCAAGAAGCGAGAUUCUGUAGACUCCAGCCUCAAGGGAGCCGAAGAGGUUGACGAUGGUGUCGGGUUCAUCGGUCGUCUUGUGUCUAACUUGACCGUCUCCGUUCCGGGCGGCCCUGUCGAGGGGACCGAGGAUAAUCACAAGAAAGAAGAAGAAGAAGAAGAAGAAGGUGGAGGGCUCAUCAACCGUCUCUUCCCCUACUUGCCUGUUACCAUGCCAGACGAGCAAUCUCCUUCAGCGGAUGAGGCCUCGCUUCUCAUCUCUAUCAUCGAAGACUAGGGAUAAUAAAGACAAAGAGGAGAUCAACGUAAUUGUGGUUUCCAUUCUGCUUGUAUAUGUUCCAUCUCUCAGGUCAACUUUUCUCUUGAGAGGUCUACUUCCAAUUCCAUACAGUGAAGUAUCUAUCAUCAGCUGACAAUUUGUUGCUACAAGGCUGGUGGCUUGUCACCCAUCCCUAUGCGCCAUGCAAAUGAUGUCUAAGCUCCAUGUAAAUGCCAUUUUAAUUCCAGUUAAUCAAUGUACUUAUGCGUGCUGGAGAUUGGACCUCA